UUGGUUUUUGUUUCCUUUGACCCACACUGACUGACGCCUUGUUACCUAACCAGUUGCGGGAUCUUCGAGUGUUCGCCUGUUCGACUCUUUGGCUGUUUUGCGAUUGAUUGAUUGCCCAGCGACAAGAUACACAGAUUUCAUUUGUCUCGAACAAAUUAAAAACAAAGUGCGCGCAGCGCGGCCAAUGAGUUGCGUUAGUUGAUCUCAGAAAUAGUCAAUAAAAUGGGAAACUGGGUCACCCGGCCAAUUGGGCUCAAGUGCAAGUGAAAAGUAGAGUCUGUCGAAUAGAUAGCCAUUCCAUUUCCAAAUUCAAGAUCAAAUCAACAAAUUGUCAUAACCAGAGACAUUAAUCUCAAUCGGCUGUCAAAUUAUAAAUACAUAUAUCAGAUGCUUAGAUUACCCAUAUAUAUUUUUAGAAUUUGUAUGCUUACAACACUAUAGAUUUAUAGUAAUUAUAUCCCAAAGUAAUAUGUAUUUGAGCCAAUUAAACCGCUUUUAGAGGGUUAAGGCAACACCGUUUGAACUUUUUGGAGCCUCUUCACCGCACAAUCGUUUGCUUUCAAUUUCAUUUGGACUUGAUUUGCUGGCUUAGCUGCUUCUCAAAUCAUUUGGUUAUUCACAUUUUAUUACACACAGCCAGAGUUAAUUAGCCAGGGUUUGAAUUGUGGAUUGUAUGGGGAUAUAUUGCACGGCCUUUGCGCAAUCGGAGUUAGUCGCGUUCGCGGAUCGGCGCAGGACAGGUGAGAUAGAUGGCCCGAUCCGCGCUACUCCUCGGCCUAAUCCUCGCCAGCUUAUGUGCAAGCUCCACAAAUGCUGGCGAAACCGCCCAGAUACUAAGAUACGAUAAUGUUAACACGGACACUGAUGGAUAUGCCUUCUCAUUCGAGACCAGUGAUGGGAUUUCCCGCCAGGAAAUGGCAACCUUGAAGAACCCCGGCACUCCCCAGGAGGCGAUCGCCGUCCAGGGGACCGUGAACUGGGUGGGACCCGACGGUGUCCACUACAAACUCAACUACCUGGCCGACGAGAAUGGGUUCCAGGCCCAAGGCGAGCACCUGCCCCGGGUGGAGCACUGAUCACGUGAUAGUUAGACUUUGCUUAAGACUUAAAGACAUAGUAGAAUAACAAAUAUAAAAUACUUAACAAAA